AUGGCCGCCUCGCAAACGCUGGACCGCGAUGCACUCAGCAACCUCUCCUUCAUCCUCAACAAGCCGCACGAGGUGACGUACGCGGAGCGGCCCAAGCCGGUGCUCUCGUCGCCGCACGACGUCAUCGUCGCCGUCAACUACACGGGCAUCUGCGGGUCCGACGUGCACUACUGGCACGACGGGGCCAUCGGGCACUUUGCGGUGAAGCAGCCGAUGGUGCUGGGCCACGAGUCGGCGGGCACCGUCGUCGAGGCCGGCAGCCGCGUGCGCCACCUCAAGCCCGGGGACCGGGUGGCGCUGGAGCCGGGCCACGGCUGCCGGCGGUGCCGCGACUGCCGCGCCGGCCGCUACAACCUCUGCGCGGACAUGGCCUUUGCCGCCACGCCGCCGCACCACGGCACGCUGACGGGGCUGUGGGCGUCGCCCGCCGACUUCUGCCACAAGCUGCCCGACUCGGUGUCGCUGCGGGACGGCGCCCUCGUCGAGCCGCUCGCCGUCGCCGUGCACAUGGUCCGCCGCGCCGCCGUGCAGCCGGGCCACGCCGUCGCCGUCAUGGGCGCCGGCCCCGUCGGCCUGCUGUGCGCCGCCGUCGCCGCCGCCUUUGGCGCCUCGACCGUCGUCAGCGUCGACCUCGUCCGCGCCAAGCUCGACUUUGCGCGCCGCUUCGCCUCCACGCACGCCUACCUCUGGCGCCCGGAUGCCGUCGACCCCGAGGCCUGCGCCCGCGCCGUCCGCGAGCUCGCCGCCCUCCCGCGCGGCGCCGACGCCGUCAUCGACGCCAGCGGCGCCGAGGCCUCGGUCCAGGCUGGCCUGCACCUCGUCCGCCCCGGCGGCACCUACGUCCAGGGCGGCAUGGGCAGGAGCGACAUCGUCUUCCCCAUCAUGGCGCUGUGCCUCAAGGAGGUCACUGUGCGGGGGUCCUUCCGCUACGGCCCCGGCGACUACGAGCUGGCCGUCGACCUCGUGGCCAGCGGCAGAGUCGACGUCGGGAAGCUCGUCUCGGCCGUCGUGCCCUUUGACAGGGCCGAGGACGCGUUCAAAGAGGUCAAGGAGGGCAACGUCAUCAAGAUCCUGAUUGCCGGCCCCAACGAGAAGCUUUAG